GCUCGCGAGCCCCGCUUCCGCGGCGGGCGGCAUGGCGGCGGAGCGGCGCGAGCUGUGAGCCGCGGGGUCCCGGGGGCGCCAUGGUUUUCCUCACGGCGCAGCUGUGGCUGCGGAACCGGCUCACCGACCGCUACUGGCGGGUGCAGGAGGUGCUGAAGCACGCCCGGCACUUCCGGGGUAGGAAGAACCGCUGCUACCGGCUGGCCGUCCGGGCCGUGACCAGGGCCUUCGUGAAAUGCACGCAGGCCCGCAGGCUGAAGAAGAGGACCAUGCGGACCCUCUGGAUUAACCGAAUUACAGCUGCCUCCCAGGAACACGGCCUGAAGUACCCAGCAUUCGUUUCCAAUUUAAUUAAGUGCCAGGUGGAGCUCAACAGGAAGGUGCUUGCAGACCUGGCCAUCCACGAACCCAAGACUUUUAAGUCCCUGGCGGCCUUGGCAGAGAGGAGGUGACAAGAAGGACUCGCUGCGGCCCUGGGGGACGGCCAGGAGCCGGAAGGCGUGUUUUCCCGAGUGGCGCGGGACCACUGACCUGGUAGCGCUGGGAGGCCGCUCUGCCUGCUGGUGCUGACCCAAGCACAGGAGGGAGAGAGUUCAUCAGCAGUGUGCAAGUGUCGCCUGUAACUGUUCCCAGAACCACCUUCCACUGACUGCAAAUAAAGCCCACCUGGUGUCCAAAAAAAAAAAAGUUGACAUAUUGGACCCACGUCACUUUCUGAUUUCACUGUAGUCCUGUAGGGGUUUAAGAUACAAGCACUGGAGGAUGGCAGAGAAAGGGGUCACUGACCUCUUGCUAAUGUCUUCAUGACUUUCUGUGAGUGUGAUCAUUUUACUGUACAUAGAAAAAGGAGAUAAUGUUGGCCAAACAGUGCAUUUGUCAGAACAGAAUUCAGCUUUCUGACCCAUAUAUUUGUAACCUUUGAUGAAGUUUGAAAAGUCAUGCUUAGACCUUUGAAUGUUAGCUGGCCCAGUAAUGUUCUUAAAAGUGGGUUAUCUAGAGAGUAGGUGUCUUGUAUAACAUAACACUGUAUAUUAUUCUUUCAGAAAAAAGGAAACACAAGUAGUAUUUCUAAUAAAUACUUUAAAGAGAAAGUAAAAACAAACUUUAAGACACUGUAUUCAGCAGUCUAUUAAAAGUAUAAAGAGGGGUGGGUGUUUAGCCUGGUGGUUAAGACUCUGGUUUGACACCCAUGUCCUGUACCAGACAUACCAGACUACCAUGGUUUGAUACCUGGCUCUGAUUCCCAAACUCCAGCUUCCUGCUGGUGUGGACCUUGGGAGGGGAACAAGCCAUGUAAGAGACCUGGAUUGAGUUCCUGGCUCACAGCUUUGGAUCAGCCCAGUCUCUGCUGUUGUGGGCACUUGAAGGAGUAAACUAGCAGAGGGGAGCUCGCUCUCGCUUGCCCUUGCUCUCAAACUCUGUCUUUCUCUCCCCCUCUCUCCCUCUCAAUUUGAAAGUGUGAAGAAUACAUCAUGGUCAGAUAAAGUCUACUUUUAGAAUACAAGGAUGGUUCAAUACCAGUUGAUAGAAUUCAUCAUGUGUGGUAUAUUGUGGUAUUAUUUCUUGCAUUUGCUGUAGUAGAAUUGUACUUUUUGGCUGGUGCCGUGGCUCAAUAGGCUAAUCCUCUGCCUUGCGGCGCCGGCACACCGGGUUCUAGUCCCGGUCGGGGCGCCGGAUUCUGUCCCGGUUGCCCCUCUUCCAGGCCAGCUCUCUGCUGUGGCCCGGGAGUGCAGUGGAGGAUGGCCCUAGUGCUUGGGCCCUGCACCCCAUGGGAGACCAGGAGAAGCACCUGGCUCCUGCCUUCGGAUCAGCGUGGUGCGCCGGCCGCGGUGGCCAUUGGAGGGUGAACCAACAGCAAAGGAAGACCUUUCUCUCUGUCUCUCUCUCUCACUGUCCACUCUGCCUAUCAAAAAAAAAAAAAAAAAAAAAAGAA